GUUGCCACGGCGACGCGGCCGCGCCGUCGAGCCGGGUGGCCAUGGAGGGGACGGGCGGGCGUUACAGAGGGGGCACCGUGCGCGGCAGGAUGGAGGGACAAGGCUGCUACACGCUGCCGACGGGCACCGAGUACCGGGGAGCGCUGAGGGACGGGAUGUUCGACGGCGAGGGAGAGCUGCUCUUCCCCAACGGCGGGAGAUACUGGGCGGUCUGGGAACGCGGGGUGCCCACGCAGGUACCCCAGGCGGGGGGACGCCUCACCCUGAGGGGCCUCAGCUGCCGGGGAGGCCCUGCCCGGAGGCCCCACUGCAGGGGAAGUGUUGAAGUGGAGUACGCAGAUUUCCCAGCCGAGCCAAUUUUUCGCCCCCCUCGGUGGCAUUUUGCACCCAAACUUGUGUGUGAGGGGGGAUUGCUGCUCCGCAGGGGAAAUACACUUUUGCAGAUGGUCUCAAAUACAAAGAUAAAAAAUGGCGUUACUGUGACGGCUACGACAGAAGAUUUUACACAGAAAUCUGUUCUGGUCUUAAACCAGCAGACGUUUUUCAUCUCACAAAUCUGGAUCCUCCCAGAAAAAUCCCAGAAGGAUGUUACGACUGUGGUGAUGGAUUCUAUAAUCCUGAAACCAAAGUUAUUGUUGACUACAGACUCAGGUUUCUGAGAAACGCAGACGAUGAUGAGCAUGAAUGGAUCAUUCGGACCUGCCGGAAAGCUUCAGAUGAAACAACUGAAUAUAAACCAAACCCGUGAAAACA